GCACUUGCUUUCAGUUGAUCUUGGCAAGCGCGACAAAACGGUUGAAUUAUUUGCUACCAAGUCGCACCUUUUAUUCGUAUAGUUAACUGAGUUUUUAUUUUCUAAUUGAAAAUUUAGUUAUAAACAAAAGCCAGUUACCUGCCAUUGAAAAUGUUAAUAAAAUUCAACAAAAAGACUGUAAUAUGGGUUGUGAUAGCUGCUAUAGUUGUUGCUGGUAUAGUUCUUGGAUUAGUUUUUGGCCUAAAGGGUUCGUCGACCUCCGUUGACGCUGCUAGUUCAAUUCGACGUGCAGCUGUUGUCUCGAAUGGACUAGGAUGUGCUCCUAUUGGAAGUUCCAUGAUUGAUGAUGGUGGAUCGGCCGUAGAUGCUGCUAUAGCAACAUUACUUUGUGAAGGAAUAAUGUUACCACAUAGUAUGGGAAUUGGUGGUGGAUUUUUUGCAACAAUUUAUAAUCGAACAACAAAAACAAUUGAAACACUUAAUGCACGUGAAUCAGCACCUUUAGCUGCCACAGAAGGAAUGUUUAUCAAUAAGACUAUAACAGGUGCUAUUGCAGGUGCUGUUCCAGGUGAAAUUUUAGGUUAUUGGAAACUUCAUCAAAAAUAUGGAAAACUUCCGUGGAAACAACUAUUUCCACCAACUAUCAAUCUUGCCCGAAAUGGGCAUGUUGUUUCAAUCUAUCUACACAAUGCGCUUAAGCAACAUGAAGAACGAAUAAUUAAUGAACCCUCAAUGGCUGAAGUGUUUGUUAAUCCAAAAACUGGUGGUAUCUGGAAAACUGGAGAUAUCAUGAAACGUCCAAAACUUGCUGAGACUCUCGAAAUAAUUGCCGAUAAGGGAAUGAGUACAAUUUAUGAAGGUGGAGAAAUUGGAAAAAUGUUCGUUGAGGAUAUGAAAGAAUUAGGCGGUAUUAUUACUGAGGAAGAUUUACUCCAAUAUAAUGUUACCUGGGAUCCACCAGUAGUAGUUGACUUAUCUAGUGAGUACACCAUGUACACAACCCCAUUGCCAAGUAGUGGUGCUGUUUUGGGAAUGAUAAUGAACAUAGUCAAGGGAUAUGAUCAUAAAAACGAAUCACUCUAUUGGCAUCAAGUGGUUGAGAGCUUCAAACAUGCCUACGGUCAACGAACUAAACUUGGAGAUAUGCAUUUCGAACCGGAAAUUGAACCUGUAUUCAAUCAAAUCACUGAUCCUAAGUUUGCAGAGGAACUUCGAAAGCUUAUAUUCAACGAUAAGACUUUUGAAAACUAUGAAUAUUAUGGAGCGGAAUUUGCUAACAAUGAUGACCAUGGAACUGCAAACAUGGCUGUGGUAGAUUUUGAGGGCAAUGCUAUAACAGUUACUAGCACCGUUAAUCGAUAUUUUGGUGGCAAGGUACGUUCGAAACGAACUGGAAUUAUUAUAAACGAUGAAAUGGAUGAUUUCUCAACACCGGGCACAUUCAAUUCAUAUAAUAUUCCAGCAUCCCCAGCUAAUUUUAUCAAGCCCAAAAAACGUCCAUUGUCUUCAAUGUGCCCCGCUAUUAUUUUAGACAAAAAUGGUGAUGUUCGAAUGUUAAUUGGAAGUGCUGGUGGAUCCAUGAUAACAACAUCAGUCGCCCAAGCAAUUCUUAGAUAUCUUGUUUUGGAUCAAGACAUCAAUGAUUCUGUUCAAGAAAAACGGGUUCAUCAUCAAUUAGCUCCGAUGGUGAUCACUUAUGAGAAAAAUUUUAAUGAGGCUACAUUAAAAUACUUGCAACAUGUUGGUCAUAAAGUCGAAGAAGGUUCAGCAGGACAAUUCUCUGCUUUGACAACGAUAGGUAUGAAGGAUGGAAUACCUGUGCCAGUUUACGAUGAACGGAGAGUUGGAAGCGUGGCUGUGACUAAUCCCAAAAAUAAAAUGUCUCAUUAAUCCAAAGGAGUGCUGCAGUAUUUAGCUUAUCAGUAUGGCUUGUAUUAAGCCGCAUUUUUUAAUUUAUUUUAAUGUCUUAGUUUACAUUUUAAGUUAUUUUAAGUAAAUACAAUUUUUAUCAAACAAGAGAAA